UGAAGAGUGGAUGAGAGAGAGGGAAGGAGAGAGAGAGAGGAGGGGUUGUUAGUAGGGCAGAAUGUAACUCAGUGACUAGCAGCCCUAUAGCGUGCUGGGAUCAAGUUUCUUCCUGUCUGUAACAGAUCCCUCUGAUCUGACCAACACAGACUGGAUCUCAGCUUUUAAUGGUAGCCUCUCUACCAGCUAUCACAACAAGCUGUUUCAUUUCACAGCGUUCUGAUGUUAUGACCGACACAUCGACUGACACAACAACUCCGGACUGGAUGAUGCGACCCUUGGGAUGCCUGGGAGGUGUUCCCAUGGUCUCUGCUUGAAAAGUGGCGCUGAAUACAAAGGAGACGAGGAGACGAGAGGACCGUAACACCGCCGCCUCUCUCCCGUAGCCUGUGAGGUGUUCCCAUGGUCUCUACUUGAAAAGUGGCGCUGAAUACAAAGGUUGUAAGAGAGGACGAGAGGAGACGAGAAGUAGCCGUGUGAAGCGAUGAACAGAUAGACAUGGAGGUGGAUUUUAAAGACAUUUGUUGUUAUUGUUGUUGUUGUUUAUCCAAACCCGGCGCCCUGACAGACUGACCAUGCCAUCGCUGUGGAAACAGUUGACCUUUUCCUUUGCCACUCUGCUCUGCGUGCUCUCUGCCACUCUGCUGCUGGUUGCCCUGGCGACCGAGCGCUGGGUCAGCGGGAGGAUCCUGUGUGGUACCGGGGCAGAGCUGGUCAGCGCCAACUGUUCUGAACUGGACAAGUUCACCGGACACAUCUACUACGGCCUGUUCCAGGGUCAGAAGACUAGGAGGUGUGGACUGGGAAACCGCAGCACCAAGAUAUACAUCUUCCCUACUCUGGUACAGACCCUGAACACAGGUCUCCAUGUGAUGGUGAUAGUCUUCCUGUUGGUGGCCGUGGGGUUUACUCUGCUCAGCCUCUCAGUCUCUAUCUACAACGCACGCAAGGUUCCCUACCAGAGCAUUAAAGGCCCCACUGGACUCUACAUCUGGAACACCAUAGCAGGGGUGUUUGGGUCGUUAGCCGUCCUGUGUUUCUUAGCAGCUGUCAGACAUCAUCGGUUAACGGAACGUGUCUCUAACUACCAGGAGACUCUUUUCCAUUUCUCCAUUCUGGAUGAGCGACUGGAUUGGUCCUUCUGGCUAGGCGUGGCCAGCGUCGCUACGCACGGUGUGGUGUGUGUUGUCGUGGCAAUGAGCCGAAUCAAACUGCCCAAACCACAGAACAAGAAACAGUCCGAGCAGCCAACUGUCACCGCUGAAGUCCUCAUGUACUGACACACACACACACACACACACACACACACACGUUAGUGGGACAUUAUCUACUAGCCUGCUGUAAUCAACACGACACUGGGUCUAUCAACUGUCUAUAGAAACUGUAAUCUACACUGGGUCUAUCUACUGUCUAUAGAAACUGUAAUCUACACUGGGUCUAUCUACUGUCUAUAGAAACUGUAAUCAACACUACACUGGGUCUAUCUACUGUCUAUAGAAACUGUAAUCUACACGACACUGGGUCUAUCAACUGUCUAUAGAAACUGUAAUCUACACUGGGUCUAUCUACUGUCUAUAGAAACUGUAAUCUACACUACACUGGGCCUAUCUACUGUCUCUAGAAACUGUAAUCUACACUACACUGGGUCUAUCUACUGUCUCUAGAAACUGUAAUCUACACUACACUGGGUCUAUCUACUGUCUCUAGAAACUGUAAUCUACACUACACUGGGCCUAUCUACUGUCUAUAGAAACUGUAAUCUACACUACACUGGGUCUAUCUACUGUCUAUAGAAACUAAUCUUCACUACACUGGGCCUAUCUACUGUCUAUAGAAACUGUAAUCUACACUGGGUCAAUCUACUGUCUAUAGAAACUGUAAUCUACACUGGGUCUAUCUA